UGCAUGUUGUCCUUGCAAGAGCAUGUGAGUGUGUGAAAGAGCGUCUCAAAUGUCAACUGGUUGUGUAAGUCUGCAACUUGUUUCUGUGUAUCAGUUUUUUGUGCGAUCUCUAGAGGGUUUCCUUGAAAAAAAAAAUGCAGGAUACUUUAACUAUACCAUCAGGUUUUUGUCCAAGGUUGUGGUGUUUUCUGUUGUUGUUUCCAAAGAAAAGUGUGACUGCGGAUGGAGAGACUUAAAGUAGCAAAGAAAUGGCUGUGAAAGUGUGUGAGAGGGAAAUGCACGAGGAGAAUGAGGCACAAAGGGACAGUAAGGAAGAAGGGUUAAUGUAUUCAAAAUGUACACGCAGCGAGGUAGAAAAUCAGCCGUAAAAUCCUAUCAAGUUCCAUGGUCAUCGCAUGUUCCACCCGUCAUCCUCUCUUCAACCCCCACCAUGAAUCACAGGCCGAGUUCUAGUAGUUUGGGGGGGGAGACAACGGAUCCUGCAGGGACCACCCCAUGCCAUUUAAUCUGUCCCUGCCCACAGAUAACAGAAGGCAGAUGGUCCUGCCAGAGCCCAGGGAGAUAGAAGAUAGCUAAUACAAUGUGCAGACAGAUAGCACACACAGCACUCAACCUGUCCCUCUGAAACUGAGCCUGCAUCAACUUCUAAAUAAGGAGGCCAGAUGAAGUGAAAAAGCAGACAGGAGAAGGGGGAAAAAAACGAGGGAGGAAGAGAGAAAAGAUAAACAGAGCACGGCUCAAGUAUCUUUAAUUAAAACCCAAACAGUUUCCAGAAUAAAUGCAGUCUGGGAUAAACAUAAUAGAAAGAGGAAACUCAAAAAAGAGCUGAGCAGCGAGUGAGUAAGUGAGUGAGCAGGACCAUCAAAGUCAUGAGCUCCUGUGUUUAAAGGAGAGUGUGUAUUUAUUUAUAGAGGGCGGUAGUUAAGUUCACUAAGCUCCCUCUCUCUGUAAGACCCAGCCUUUUUGCCUUAUGAAAAUUCAAUUGGCCAUAAUUUGCUGAGGAGCCGUAUGCAUAUUUUAUCAGUGGGUGCGUUUUGAAGAAACAAGCCCGCCAAGCUUUUUUGUGUCUCAUCUUGAAGACUGAAUGAAGCUGGUGGGGGGAAGAGUGUGAGAGAGAGAGGGAGAGAGAGAGAGAGAGAGAGAGAGAGAGAGAGAGAGAGAGAGAGAGAGAGAGAGGAGCUGUGAGGUUGUGCAGCCGUCUGGAAAUAUGUGACACGCUGGACAUUUGGCACAGGGUCUAAAGUAAACACCAAUCAGCUUCAUAUGGCUGGCAAAAACUCAGAGACAAAUUCAUUGCAACCUUGUUGCUUGGCAAUCUCCUCUGAUUCCUCUCUUCUUCUUUUUUCAGUUUCACUUUCUACUCUUUCCCCUCUCUCCGUCUUCUUCCCUCUAAUUACUCCAAGAUCCAACAUCCUCCUCUUCUUGCUCUCCAUUUCCACAGCCCUCCCUUCCUCUGCCUCCCCUUUCCUCUCCUCCUCCCUCCCAUUUCAAUGUGUUUUUCUCUCCCGCUGCAUGUGUCUCAGCUGAAGCUUUAUGGGUCGUUCACUCCCCUCUUUCUGUGCAAGGAUAAUGAGCAGGCGCUUCUGUGCGACUUUGUAGCUGUGCGACGGUUUGUGAGUUUGGAUCUCGGAGCGUCCCGGGGCCCACAAGACUCAGAUGUACCUUCUAGUCUGGGAGGUAUCCAAGACGUGGGGACCGAGGAAAGUCAAAGAGUAGAAGACGGAAAGCGAGCACAGAAUCGUCGGCAAUGGCGCUCACGACCUUCUCCUGGUGUCUGGGUGCAGCUCUGGCGCUGCUCUGGGGCCCCUCGUGGCCCCAGGUGCACUCAGCUCUGGCACCUGAGAACGAGGUGCCGCUUCGCCCGACUACAUGGCUACCGGAGGGGAAGAUCACCUCUGUAACGCUCCCUAAAGGACGAACCCGCAGGUUGUACUUCACGCUGAAGAAGAAAGCCUCGGCGAUGUCGGUGACCGUCAGCCCCUGCGACCUCCCCAUCGAGUGGAGCUUGGCCGCUCGCACCCUGAAGGACAAACCGCUCAAAAGCCUGCAGUGGAGCACCAAGAAGAGCGUGCCCGAGGUGUGGUGGCAAGGUCCUGCGAGUGAGGAGAAAAUACACAACUUCGCCGGCAAUACGGUGGACACCUACCAAGGUCCUUCCUAUCCUCCUGCCUCCAUCUACAUCCUGAGGCUGCGCUCCAAACAGCAGAACACCAGAGCUACAGUGUUCCUCCACGAAGGCCUGGGACCUUCAGGCAUAUUCCCACUGCUCCCGUCCGACCCACGAGUUCACACAUUAGGUGUCGGUAUGACCAGUGUCACCCUCAGCUGGGUGCCCAGUGCCUCCAUAACGAGCCUCCCACACACACAGAACAGCUACGACUACUGCGUCCUCGUCAACUCUCGGCAAAACUACCACAGUCUUUGUGCUGCGCAGCAGAGCAUGAGGAAGGAGAACAACCAGAAGCAAGAAAAGAAGGAGAAAAAGAGGAGAGUGACUGUAUGGCCAAUUUUAAAAGAGUGGUGGUGGCAGCAGUGGGACAGUUUCCCUGAACCCCAGAGUUCUUCGCCUUCAUCCCUCACGAAUGAGUUUGCUGAUCUUCAGUGUGCAUGUGACGGGACGGAGAGUGUCUGCACCGUUUCUGACCUUCUCCCUGACACCCAGUAUUACUUUGACGUCUUUGUGAUUGACAGGCUGAAUGGGACUAGUUCAGCCUAUAAGGGGACUUUUGCUCGGACACAUGAGGAGGCUCGACCUGCGAUCACCACGCUUCGAGAAGGAGAGCUGAGAUGGGUGACCUUCCACGACAGAAGCUCCAAAUCAGAGCAGUUCUUCAGUUUCCGUCCUCGCGGUUGGCAGCAGAGUGGCCUCCUCACCUUGCAGAGCUGCGGAGGAGAUGAAAAGGUCAAGGUUACUGUGUCGAGUAAAGGUCAGGUUUUGACCUCUCAAGCUGUAGGAGGGGAUUUAGUGCACAUCUGGCUCCAGGGAAGUCCUUCAUAUCUCAUCCACUUGGAGCAAGAAGGAAUUACCUCUGGGCAGAUCGCUGCUGGUAGAGACCCAGCGAUCCCAGGAGGCCUGAUGGCUUCAGUCAAAAUGCAGACGUCAUCCGCCUACCACCGCAGAGGAGUCCCAUCUCUGCCCUCCACCUUGCAGAUAAAGUCUUUCAACCGGUUACGUGGUUGCAACAGCGUCACCCUUGCCUGGAUGGGCACAGAGGAGAGAAGUCUGUACUGUGUGUACCGCAGAAAGCUAGGAAACCGCGAAGCAGAGUCCACAGCUCUGACUGCACCCUGUCUGGGGCCGGAGUCCCGUUCCGACACCGAGAGGGUUCUCUGCAAGUAUUUCCAGGAGCUGAAUCCUCGACGGGCCGUCACUACAGCUGUGAUCGGGGGCCUGGAGCCAGGAAUGGCCUAUGUGUUUGAUGUCUAUCUAAUGAGACGCUGGGGGAUCCCUGUCAAGUACGCCAGCAAGAUGGUGAAGACUAGAAAGGAAUGCUGAGCUGCCGCCCCCUACAGGAGGUUUUGAAACUGUCCCAAUUUAGGGGAAAAUGCAUCAGCCAUGGACAUGCUGUAAAGACUGACCGAGAGAACGAAGCCAUUUGACUGCUGUGGAGAGACUGUUACCAUAACGAGGACAUAUUCCCUCUGGAGGAGCGAUGGUUGUCUUCAAACUCCACUUACGCUGUCGGUGCAAGCGGAUGGGAAGCGUAUGAAAAAGAUGUGCGCACCAGCAAAAGUUCAUAACAUUUACAAUACAACUCUUGUGCUUUUUGUCAUUUUGUUUUUUCGUUGUUGAUCAUGAUAAUGAUGUGCCAGUUGUCCAAGUGCUUAUUUUGUGUCUGAGUACAAAGGACAGACGAGGUUUGUGAUGACAGAGAGUCGAUACAACAACAACAACAGAGACUGUGCCAAAUAUGCAACAGAAGCAGAUGGGGCAAUAAUGAGAUAACAUCUGAGACAGGACGGCUUUGCAGUGUACAUCUCCAAUGCUGCAUAUUGUACAGGCUUAGAAACACAGAUGGGUGCAAUCUAAAGAUGCUAAGUUCAAAGUCAGUGUGUAUCUUUGUGUUCUGCUUUCGCAUGAAGCAGUGAAAAAUACUUAGUGACUUGCCUCAUUGUCUUUGAUGUAUUCUUGUGCUGCUUCAAACUCACCAAUAAAUACUAGGGUGUCUGUA